AUGGCCGACUCCAACCCUGCACCCGUCCCGGCCGCGGCCACGGCACCCGCCGCCGAGGUCGCCCAAAAAGUGUCGCCCAAGAUCAGGUACAAGGUCGAGUGCGAGGACCAGUACGGCCCCAAGUUCGACUGCAUGCAGGACGAUGCACCUUUCGACCUGCAGCUCACCAAAGGCCCGACCGCCAUCGACGAGACCAUGCCCGUCUUCGAGAUCAUCACCUCGUUAAAAGUCGCCUCCAAGCGGCCCAAAUACGCAGACUACAUGAAGAUGUUCAGUGCAGAGGGCCCCCUGAACCUCGACGACGACGACGACAGCGACGACGAGAAAGAGGCCGACGCUAAGCCCAAGGAGAAGCCCAAGCAGACGCUGGAGGGCAAGCGCAUCCUCGACGUCCUCGACACGAGGAUGGUCAUCCACUCGCCCUUGCUGCUGGACGCCAUCCGGGACGUCGUCCACUACUACCCGAGCCAGAACCUGACCGGCGACACCGUCACCGUCCACGAGCCCUACCGCGCCCUCGUCCACCACAUCACCGAGCUCCGCAACCUCAGCAACAGCCUCGCUCUCGAGCGUACCCCCGCCGAGUCGGACGAGACGGAGAAGACGGACGCCGACGUCAAGUACGACCACCUCCAGAUCCUCCUCGACUUCCUCGACCCGCACGUCGAGAAGACGGUGCUGCCCGCACGCCGCCGUCUGAAGAAGGACGCCGCCACCGUCACCUACGACGACAUCUGGUACCUGAUGCGCCCCGGCUCGCUCGCCUACGCCCUGCACGACGACGUCUGGCUGGGCGUCAUGAUCAAAGAGGCCGAGUCCAUCCCCGCCGACAACGACGGCAACCCGCCCAAGUGGAAGCUCACCGGCUGGGUCAUUGACAACUCCUGGCACAUGCACACCCUCGGCACCGCCGAGGUCAGCGUCGACGUCCCGUACUUCGAGGGCGAGAAGCUCGUCACCACCCUCCCCAUAUACCCGCGCGCCUACUUCGACAAGACCGACGCCAACGCCCGCCGCGACAAGUUCAUCGCCCGCGGCCGCAAGGUGCGCGACAUCCUCUGGCAUGGCCACUCCUACGUCAUGUACGAGGGCGAGUGCAUGGACGAGAAGAAGCGCGUGUACAAGGGGCCGCUGAUGGCCGACGCCUCCGUCCCGAGCGGCGAGUCGGUGCCGGACCACAAGUGGAGUCUGGGCUGGGACUACAGCCUCGACGAGGGCCUCGUCUCGCCCAGGCAGCGCCCGGGCUUCCCGCAGCCGCUCGCCCUCAACACCGAGGUGCACGACCGCUCCAUGCUGACCGACGACCACCUGUUCCUGAUGGUCCCCGUCCUGCCCGGCUUCGCCCUGGCCGAGAAGUUCUGGUCGCCCGUGCACGUCGACUACAUGCGCCCCGUCGAGGAGCCCAAGUUCGCCGUGCCCGACGCCAACAUCGGCGAGGAGAACUCGGAGAUCAUCAAGGCCCUGGCCCACCGCCAGCUCAAGUCCAAGGUCAAGUGGACCGCCGACUUCGUCCAGCACAAGGGCGCCGGCGUCGCCGUGCUGCUCUACGGGCCCCCCGGCGUCGGCAAGACGUACACGGUCGAGCUCACCGCCCUGCACACCCGCCGCCCCAUGGUGAGCCUGACCAUCGGCGACCUCGGCACCAACGAGGAGAGCAUCGAGAGCGAGAUCACCAAGUGGUUCGACCUCGCCCACCGCUGGAAGGCCGUGCUGCUGAUCGACGAGGCCGACAUCUUCCUCGAGCGCCGCAGCACCGACCUGGCCCGCAACGGCAUCGUCACCGCCUUCCUGCGGAAGAUGGAGUACUUUGGCGGCCUGCUGUUCCUGACCACCAAUCGCGUCGAGCACAUCGACGACGCCUUCAUGUCGCGCGUGCACGUCGCCAUCGGCUUCGAGAAGCUCGAUGUCGCCAAGCGGCGCGGCAUCUGGGCCUCGUUCUUCGACAAGCUGGAGCGCGAGGCCAAGGGCCAGAUCGCCGUGAGCGCCGACGCGAGGACCUUUGUCCUCGAGAGCGACGACAUGGCCGAGAACGAGUGGAAUGGACGCGAGAUCAGGAACGCCUUCCAGUCGGCUAUUGCCAUUGCCGAGUACGAGGCUUCCAAGGAUCCCGAGUUCAACGACGAGGAGGAUGAGAUUGUCGUCAGUGUUGAGCAUUUCCGCAGGGUGAUGAUGAUGAGCAAGAAGUUCCGCGAUCAUGUGGAGAAGGCGAGGAAGGACAACGAGAGCGAGUGGAGUGACUUGUAA